AUAGCGCUUCCAUUGAUAAAAGAUGAUCGAAUUGUGGGUGGUUAUCCUGCAAACCCCGGACAAUUCCCACACCAGGUCUCUCUCCAACUGAAUGGUCAACAUGCCUGUGGAGGAUCCAUCAUUGCAUCCAACACCAUUUUAACAGCAGCUCACUGUGUUUAUGGAAUGUCUGGUCAAUUGUAUGUCCUGGCUGGAGUUACCGACCUCAAUGAAAAUGGUAUUCGUAUACCUGUGGCCCAAAUUUUGAUUCACUCCAACUACAAUCCAGACACUGUCCUCAAUGACAUCGCCCUUCUUCGUCUGUCUAGCCAGCUUCCUAUUGAGGUUAUAUUCAAAGUCCUGCUCCGAUUCCAAGCCGCCAAUCCAGGAGAAACCCUGAUAUUAAGUGGUUGGGGACGUACUUCCUAUCCCGGUAGUCUACCUACGCAUCUGCAGUGGAUUCAGCUUGCUGCUUUGGACCUCAAUACAUGCUCCCAGCUUCUAACUGGUUCUACUCCUAUUAGUAAUGGUCAUGUCUGCACUACCUCACCAGUGAACCAGGGUGCUUGUCAGGGUGAUUCUGGUGGUCCACUGAUUGACGCGCAGGGCGGGCAGAUUGGUGUCGUUUCAUGGGGCAUUCCAUGUGCAAAAGGAUAUCCUGAUGUAUUUACCUCUGUGCCGUUUUAUUUGGAUUGGAUUGUGAACAGUCCCAAGACUUUUGAAAAAGUUAUUAUUAACCAAUAAGUGUAAUUAUUACUGUUCAUAUUGAAUAAAUUCUAAUUUAAUAAAAAUUCAAAAUAAUUGAAACUAAA